UUAGGGCGCGGCGUAGUGGAAACGGUGAUCGCGCUAGCGCUUCCUGGGAUUGAUGAUCGAUCUCCAGGAUUGCGCCCCCAAGAAUGCAGGUAGAGCGUAAUCCAGGGGUAGCAGCGAGUGCGCUGGACGAGAUGGAGGGAAAUUUCGCUUCCUCGACUCAGGAGCCGCGAACACCUCCUGGAUUAGCAGCGGGCGUCGCCGAUGUUCGAGGCAGGCAUAGGAUCCGCGUGGAGCUCAACAAGAUCCAGGAGGAGAAUCGAUUGCUCCAGGAGGAAUCUCAAUUGCUCGAUUCUGCUCCUCCGGCAUCCAAGGCCUGCAAAGAGAUGAUCGACUUCAUGGCGUCUAGUCCCGACCCAUUCAUCACCAAGCCGUCUUUGCAGCAGCAAGAGCCCGCUUGGAAUCGCUGGUUUGAAACUCCAGUUGACUCCACAGCCUGCUGUUGCUGGAGCUUGACUCAUUGACGAAGGAAUGUGCUUUUUAUCUCGUUGGAAAUUCAAGGGGCCUCUAUUUUGUCUCA